ACCAAUUCCCUACAGUAUAUAAUGAUUCGCUGUGUAUCACAUCUUCGCUCUUUUGGUAACUGUAUCAUUGAGUGCCCAUCCUUGUUUUUGACCCUAUGAACUGAACAACCGAACUUUGCUCUUCAUUUCCUUCGCAAGCUUCUCCACCAUGACAGCACCAAUUGGUAGCAUCACACAUCCUGACGAUAUAAAGUCGUUUGCCGAUAUUAGCGGAAUAGUGGAAACACAGCAAACAAAUCAACCAGUCUUCGCAACGUAUUGGAAAAUCUACGAAAAUGGCGAUGCAUAUGUUGCAAUCGUACCUAAGAGCAGGCUCGAUACCAAGAUAGAAGAGGUGAUACCAGCCUUACAACGAGUGCCAGACGAAAAGAUAUACCCAGACCUAAGCGCAGGUGUAGAACUGACAAUCUUACCAUCUACUUGGGCGUCAGACGUCAAUAUAUUCACCAAACGGCCGUCUUUCAUGUGGAUCGAGGAUGGUGAUUACCAUUGGAUUCGUAAUAUUUUCCUGGCUGAGGCAAAGAUCGUGGAGCAGAUCUCACGGGCGCCUCACAAGAACAUCGCCCAGUACUACGGAUGCUACCAAAGAGACGGCCGCCUGACAGGAAUAGCCUUGAGACGAUACGAGUAUACUCUGGUAGAGUAUUUCCAAAAGGCGUGCGGAAACCUGGCUGUAGAGGUUUUUAUGGCGAGGCUGGAGUCGGCAAUACACCAUCUACAUUCACUAGGGUUAGCGCACAACGAUCUCAAACCAAGUAACAUUAUGUUGGACACGGAAAACAUGCCGGUUCUAAUCGAUUUCGGGUGCUGUCAGCCAUUUGGGGCAAGAUUGAUGCAGGGAGGGACGGUUGAGUGGCAGGAAAAGCCGUUCAGUACUUCGCAUUGCAGCCAUGAUAUUUACGGGCUAGAAUUGAUUCGGGAGUGGCUUAUGGACCCAAAGCGAGACUUGACAAGGUGUUAGAUCAUCAAGUCUCAUCGCGUGUGACCACACAAUACUCCUAUUAGUAGUCAAGUAAGGAAAGAGUGCAGCAAUCUUCGUGCGACGUAGUAAUAGAGCGCCAACCUCGUCGCCGCUAUUAACCUCUAGAGACCUUAAGGACACUGUUCUUUUUGAUAUGAGAAGCCGCGUCACAGACGCUUUACCAAGACAAAAAUAGGAGGGCUUCGACAUCGCUUUGAAAUUGCAAUAGCUUUAUAAGUGAUAGCUCUCAAAUCGAAGAAGUACGUACGAAGGAGAUGGCGAAUUGGCGAAUUAUUGCUUUAAUCUUGGAUAAACACAC